GGUACUCGUUGGUUCGGGUUCUUUGUUUUAGGGUUUGUUUUCUUUUGGAGGUUGCUUGGUUUCAGGCCGUUAUUCCUUGAUUUUUUCUCUGGUUUUUUUUUCUCUCGUUUUGCAAUGGCUAAGGACGGGAGGGUUCGAAUCGAGAAGUUCAACGGUACUGAUUUUGCAUGGUGGAAAAUGCAAAUAGAGGCGUUGCUUGGUGAGUGCGAUUUGGACAUGGUACUGGAAGAGAAACCGGAUGGAAUGGAUAAGGCUGCUGAAGCAAUUUGGGACUCAAAGGACAAAAAGGCAAGAGGUAAAAUUACACUAGCUUUGACGAGGAGUGUGGCGUUUAAUAUCAUGAAGGAAACAACUGCUCGUGGUAUGUUAACAGCUCUGUCAAAUAUGUAUGAGAAACCGUCGGCCGGUAAUAGAGUGUUCUUGAUGAGGGAAUUGUUCAUGAUGAGAAUGAACGAGGGCAGCCCAGUUGCUGAUCACAUUAAUGAGGUCAAUUCGAUCUUGUCGAGGUUGUCAUCAGUAGGCAUGAAGUUCGAUGAUGACACUCAGGCUGUGAUUCUGUUAUCUUCCUUGCCUGAUAGUUGGUCGGGAUUUGUGACAACGGUUACUGAAACUGCUGGAACAGGAAACUUGAAGUUUGAUCGGAUACGGGAUAGUGUUUUGGGUGAAGACAUUCGCCGGAGGAACGCUAGUGGAGGAUCUACUUCUGGUUUGCUGGAUUUGGAGAGUGGUAAUGGUCCUCGGUGUAUCUCUGGAUCCGGUGGAUUGUGCAAGCCGGUUGAGACAGAGGUUGUGGCGGUUACAGUCACGACUGGGUUGGAGCUCGGUGGAGCUUCAACUGUCCUUUCAGGUUAUUAAUGAAGGGGGUGGUUGCAACUAGGGGAUAUAACUGGAGUCUUAGCUUGUUCUUGGGAGCUGGAGGCUUGGAGGAUUUGACAGUGAAGAUUACUGAGUUACUCAUGAUGGGUUUACUUGGAUGGCAUUUGUGUCUAUGCGAAAUCCUUCAAGUGGGAGAUUGUUGGGUUAUUCGGUGAAGGCUUUAGAGCUUUGGGCUUUAAAAGCCCGGUCGGUUAAAGAGAAGAAAUAUGGGGGGCCGGU